CAUUGUGCCUGCGUUGCGCCAGGGAUGAGGAGCUGCGAGCGACCAGCGGUGUCCCCAUUGGUUCGUCUGGGAAGUAGCAUCCCAAGGAGCAGAGUCGUUUCCUGAGCGGAGGCUGGACCAGGGAGGCCUCACCAUGAUAAAGAGAGCAGCGGCGGCUGCAGUCGGAGGAGCGGUGGCCGUGGGCGCGGUGCCCGUGGUGCUGGGCGCCAUGGGCUUCACCGGGGCGGGCAUCGCAGCUUCCUCCCUAGCGGCCAAGAUGAUGUCAGCGGCCGCCGUCGCCAACGGGGGCGGGGUUGCCGCCGGUAGCCUGGUGGCUACUCUGCAGUCUGUGGGGGCGGCUGGGCUCUCCACGGCAUCCAACAUCCUCCUGGCCUCCACUGGAUCGGUUUUUGGAGCCUUGCUGGGAGGUUCAAAAAAGCCACCCCCUUCUGCUCCAGCUGGACCCAGAGCUGAAGGGGACGGGCCAGGAGAAAAGGCAUCCCAAGUCAAACCUCCGAAACCCCCACUCAGCUCAGAGAGGCAUGAGAAAUAAAGAGCACCUGCACACACA